CCAAGCCAUUUUCGCGACAAUCAUUCAACCAUAAUUCCAAAUUUCCAACCAUGAAAAGACACCGUCCCCUGCCAUCACGAAGCACCUCCGCCGGAACCCCAAAACCCACCACCACCAUAACCACAUUUUACACUUCCAAAAAACCCAAUCUUUCAACCCUUAAAACCUCUUCACAAAACACUAAUAAUAAUUGGGUCCCUUUAAAUCUUAACAAAUCAGAACUUAAUUUACCCUUAACAUUCCCAACUGGCCAAACAUUCAGAUGGAAACAAACAACCCCAUCUCAAUUCACAGGCGUAAUUGGGUCCCACCUCAUUUCUCUCAAACAAGUUCAAGAUUUUUCAUGUCAAAACGACGUCGUUUUGUACUGCUUUCACAAUUCUAAUAACAAAUCUGCUGCUAAAUCAGCUUUGCUUGAUUUUUUGAACAUGGGUAUCUGUUUACAGGACUUAUGGGUCGGGUUUUCGGGUUGUGACCCGAGGUUUGCUGACCUGGCAGUGAGUUUGAGUGGUGCUAGAGUGUUGAGACAGGACCCACUUGAGUGUUUGAUUCAGUUUAUUUGUAGUAGUAAUAAUAAUAUUAAGAGGAUUACUCAAAUGGUUGAUUUUGUUUCUUCUUUAGGCAAGUUUUUGGGGUGUGUUGAAGGGGUUGAGUUUUAUGAGUUUCCGAGUUUGGAUCGGUUGUCGGAAGUCUCGGAAGAUGAGUUUCGAAAAGCUGGGUUUGGGUACAGAGCCAAGUACAUUACCGGCACUGUAAAAGUGCUGCAAUCAAAACCAGGUGGAGGUGUAGAGUGGCUUGCAUCUCUUCGAAAGUUGGAUCUUCAAAGUGUGAUUGAGGCUCUAAUUACACUACCUGGUGUCGGUCCGAAAGUUGCAGCAUGCAUAGCUUUGUUCUCUCUAGAUCAACAUCAUGCUGUUCCUGUUGAUACACAUGUCUGGAAGAUUGCUACCAAAUACCUACUUCCUGAGCUGGCUGGCGCACGUCUGACACCCAAGCUUUGCAGCCGUGUGGCUGAUGCAUUUGUGGAAAAAUAUGGGAAAUAUGCUGGUUGGGCUCAAACUCUUCUUUUCAUUGCGGAAUUACCUUCACAAAAGGCGCUUCUUCAGUCUUUAAGUAAUGAAACGAAGGAGGUAGCAGGAGACUUAAAUCCAAAAACCGAAAAAGUUCUUAACUUCUAGGUGGCUGUAUAUUCCUCCGGUAAACGUCUGGAAGCGCCAUCUUCUGCAUACUUUGGAUUCAUGAUUGAAGGAACUUUGAAGAUAACUUUGAACACCGAGAGUUUGUCAUGUUUUUCCAUAUUGAAAUGCAGAUCUGUGGGUUAGAUGGUAUCAAGAUUUGUGAUUACACCAAAAGAGGGAAUGAUCAAGGUAAUAUAUAAUGUUGACUUGGGCAUAGUGCAUUGAAAUUUAAUGAAGAGCUGAAACUAUGCAAUUGAAGUGGAAUUGAGACUUCAUUGUAUUACAUGGCUUUUGUUUAUCUAAUUUUGUAAUGUAUUAAUCUGUAACAAGUCGAAGAUUGAAAUGAAUUUUUUACUUAUUUGUGGAUUGGUAGAUUUUGGUCAUCUUUUAUCUGUCACGGGUCAAAAGAAGCAGGUCUGUAGCUUGUAGGUUUCUGUUUGGUGAUCGUAAUCUAGACUUCAAGUAUCUUUGAGUAA